GCCCGCCGCGGUCGGGGCUGUCCGCACCUAGGGCCGCCGCCGCCGCCCGCUCCGGCUCUCCCCCGUUCCUUCCGCCUCCCCUCCCGGGCGGACGGACCCUCUUCCCCUCCCAAGGGUACUUCGGAGUCAGCUGCGCCCGGUCGCGUCCGACAUGAGGGAGAAGGGCCGCAGGAAGAAGGGCAGGACCUGGGCAGAGGCCGCCCGGACGGUCCUGGAGAAAUAUCCAAAUACACCUAUGAGCCAUAAAGAGAUCCUUCAAGUUAUCCAGAAAGAAGGACUUAAAGAAAUCAGAAGUGGGACUUCUCCUCUUGCAUGCCUGAAUGCUAUGUUACAUACAAACUCCCGAGGGGAAGAGGGCAUUUUCUAUAAGGUCCCGGGGCGCAUGGGAGUAUACACUCUGAAGAAGGACGUUCCAGACGGGUUGAAGGAGCUCUCUGAUGGCUCAGAGGAGAGCAGCGAUGCCCAGUCCGACUCUCAGAGCUCUGAGAACAGCAGCAGCAGCAGCAGCAGCGAUGGAUGCAGUAACAAAGAUGGGAAGAAAAGCAGAUGGAAAAGGAAAGGUAAUUUUUGGUUUUAGGAACUAUGAUUUUAACAUGAUCUCUGUAGGAUUUGGAGGUUUUUAUCCAUCACAUCUGUUGCCUUGUAAAUACAGGCUGUUACAAUAACAGUUUAAAAUCUGCCGUUACCAUUGGUGCUCAUGGAUUGACACAAGUGCUGAUUUACUGUUGUGGGCACCAAAGGGGAGAAGGUACCUGUAAUUAAGUGUAUUUAAGGCCUUGACACAAGUCACAGACCAGCACACUGAGCUUCCCAGCCAGGAAAGUGAAUUUGAUUCUUCCAGGUUUUCUCUGCCAUCUGCCUGCUUUCCCAAGAGGAUUGCAACUUUUACUUUUGGCCUCUUCUGAUGCUUUUGAUGCAACACUGACUAGGAAUGAGCACAGAAUCUCUGAGGUUAAAGCCUGUUAUGUGA